CUCACCAGAGUUCACUUGCGUUCACUCUCUCUCCCCUCUCCCUCCUCCCUCCAAAAACCCGAAAACCUCCGAUCCGAUCGAAACCCUAGUAGAUGGACGCGGCGAAGGCGGAUCCGAAGCCCAUGGUGGCGGCGGCAGCGGCGGCGAAGCGGCGACACCGCCACCGCCGCCUCCGGACGAUGGCGGCGAGGCUCCUCCGCCUCGCCGAGGCGGUGGCGGCGGCGCUCCUCCUCCUCUCGUGGUCGUCGUCGUCGACGUCGACCCCGCGCAUCCCCGCCGCCGCCGAGCACCUCCGCCGCCUCGGCUCCCUCCUCCUCAGCCCCCGCUUCGUCUUCCUCCUCGGCAACGCCAUCGUCCUCCUCCUCUUCGCCGACUCCCGCCACCUCUCCCCACUCCCCUCCCCCUCCCCUUCCCCUUCCCCUUCCCCUUCCCCUUCCCCGUCUGCCCCAAGCUCCUCCCCCGACCCCGCCCCCGUCGCCGGAGACCUCUACCGCGAGUUCCUCGAGUCCCGCGGCUACUCCGUCCCGGCGCCGGCGCCGGCGCCGGCCCCGGAGUUCGAGGACAAGGAGGCGGUGCGGGUGGAGAUGCGGCGGAGCCGGUCGGAGAGGAUCGGGGGGAAGGACCGGCGGCGGCGGCGAUCGCCGGAGCUCCGGCGAUCCGAGACGGAUCUAGGGAUCCGGAGGAGGAAGGAGGAGGCGGCGCCGGCGGCGGAGGAGGAGUGGGUGCCGAGCGCGGAGGAGGCGGCGGAGUUCCGGCGCACGAUCGAGGCGUUCAUCGCGAAGCAAACCAACUUCCACCGCGAGGAAUCCAUGGCGAUCGUCUCCUCCUCCUCGUCCUUCCCCCGCGCCGAGCCCACGGUAGUAGAAGCGCUUCUCCAAAAAGAAUAAUUUCUUUCUCAAAAAAAAAAAAGCUCUUUCGAAUGAGAUUUUCGUGUAUUAUAAUCUCUCGCUGUUGUUAAUGUUUGCUUUAGAGGGAGAAGAAAAAAAAAGAAAAAAAAAA